CAAAACCCACCAAAAAUAUAACAUAACUGUCUCAUCAGUCAAAGAAUGGCGGGAAACGAUUGGAUAAACAGUUACCUGGAAGCGAUCUUGGACGUUGGUCCAGGGAUCGAUGAAGCGAAAUCGUCAUUGUUGCUGAGGGAGAGAGGUCAUUUCAGCCCAACUCGUUACUUCGUGGAAGAGGUUAUCACUGGUUUCGACGAGACCGAUCUCCACCGUUCUUGGAUUCGAGCUGCUGCUACGAGGGGUCCUAAGGAGAGGAACACGAGACUGGAGAAUAUGUGCUGGAGGAUUUGGAAUUUGGCUCGAAAGAAGAAGCAGCUUGAGGGGGAGGAAGUUCAACGCAAUGCUAAGCGUCACCUUGAACGUGAAAGAGGCCGCAGGGAGGCAACUGCUGACAUGUCUGAAGACCUUUCAGAAGGAGAGAAAGGAGACUUUCCCGGUGAUGGUUCAGCUCAUGGCGAUAGUGUUCAAGGAAGAAUGCGUAGAAUUGUUUCGGUUGAUUUGAUGGAGAACUUGGCCAAUCAGAUUAAAGAAAAGAAGCUCUAUAUUGUUUUGAUAAGUCUUCAUGGUUUGUUAAGGGGUGAAAACAUGGAGCUUGGUCGUGAUUCUGAUACAGGUGGCCAGGUCAAGUAUGUAGUAGAACUUGCUAGGGCCUUGGGCACAAUGCCAGGAAUUUAUCGGGUUGAUUUGCUGACAAGACAAGUGUCAGCUCCGGAUGUUGAUUGGAGUUAUGCUGAACCAACAGAGAUGCUUACGCCAAGAACUACAGAGAGCUCAAUGCAGGAGCUUGGUGAGAGCAGUGGUGCUUAUAUUAUUCGUAUCCCCUUCGGUCCAAAAGAUAAAUAUAUACCCAAAGAACUUCUUUGGCCUCAUAUUCCUGAGUUUGUUGAUUGUGCACUUAGUCACAUCCGACAGAUGUCCAAAGUUCUAGGUGAGCAAAUUGGCGGUGGGCAACCAGUCUGGCCUGUUGCUAUUCAUGGACAUUAUGCAGAUGCGGGUGAUUCUGCAGCUCUUCUUUCUGGGGCUCUAAAUGUGCCAAUGCUUUUCACUGGCCACUCACUUGGUAGAGAUAAGCUAGACCAGAUAUUGAAACAGGGUCGACAAUCGAGGGACGAAAUAAAUACAACUUACAAAAUCAUGCGACGGAUAGAGGCUGAGGAGUUAUCUCUUGAUAGCUCUGAAAUUGUUAUAACCAGCACUAGACAGGAGAUAGAAGAGCAGUGGCGCCUUUAUGAUGGCUUUGAUCCAGUACUGGAGCGCAAACUUAGAGCAAGGAUCAAAAGGGGUGUCAACUGCCAUGGGAGGUUUAUGCCUCGUAUGGUUGUAAUUCCUCCUGGAAUGGAGUUUCAUCAUAUUGUUCCACAUGAAGGAGACAUGGAUGGGGAUGCAGAAAGAAAUGAAGAAGAUCCUACUCCUGACCCACCAAUUUGGUCCGAGGUAAUGCGUUUCUUUACAAACCCACACAAACCGAUGAUUCUUGCCCUUGCUCGGCCGGACCCUAAAAAGAAUAUUACAACUUUAGUCAAAGCAUUUGGAGAGUGCCGACCUUUAAGGGAGCUUGCUAAUCUUACAUUAAUAAUGGGAAACCGUGAUAAUAUUGAUGAAAUGUCUGGCACAAAUGCAACUGUGCUUCUCUCGAUUCUUAAACUGAUUGACAAGUAUGAUUUGUAUGGCCAAGUAGCAUAUCCCAAGCACCACAAGCAGUAUGAAGUUCCUGAUAUUUACGGGCUAGCAGCAAAAACGAAGGGUGUUUUUAUUAAUCCAGCAUUUAUCGAGCCAUUUGGGCUUACUUUGAUCGAGGCAGCAGCAUAUGGUUUGCCUAUUGUUGCCACAAAAAACGGGGGUCCAGUUGACAUUCACAAGGUUCUUGACAACGGUGUACUAGUUGAUCCCCACGAUCAGCAGUCUAUUGCUGAUGCUCUUCUAAAACUUGUUUCAGACAAGCAAUUGUGGGCGAGGUGCAGACAGAAUGGACUGAAAAAUAUUCAUCAGUUUUCUUGGCCGGAGCACUGCAAAACAUAUUUGUCUCGGAUAGCCAUGUGCAAGGCAAGGCAACCACAGUGGCAGAGAAGUAAUGUUGGCUUUGAAUAUCCAGAACCGAAUUCACCUGGUGAUUCUUUGAGAGACAUACAAGAUUUAUCUUUAAACUUAAAGCUAUCACUGGAUGGUGAAAAGAAUGAAGGAACUGGAACUUUCGAUAAUUCUCUGGAUUCUAUUGAUCGAAAAAGCAACUUGGAGAAUGCUUUUCUAAAGUUAUCCAACGGAAUUAUAGGAGGUACAGAAAAGGCAAGUUUAAUGGAGAAAGCAGAACAAAAUGUUAGUGGUAGUAGGUUUCCGGUUUUGAGGUCGAAGAAGUACAUUUUUGUGAUAGCUGUGGAUUGUGAUUCAGUCUCGGAUAUUCCUAAAAUAAUUAAGACAAUCAUGGACGUAGCAGGAAAAGAGAAUUCUAUUGGGCUUAUAUUAUCGACAUCCUUGUCAAUAUCUGAGGUACACUCCCUUCUUAUCUCGGGAAGCAUAAGUCCAUUGGAUUUCGAUGCUUUAAUCUGUAACAGCGGUGGUGAUUUGUACUAUCCUUCAACCAGUUCGGAAGAUGGUACUGGGCUUCCCUUCACUGUAGACUUGGAUUAUCAAUCGCACAUCGAAUACCAUUGGGGUGGAGAAGGUUUAAGGAAAACAUUGGUUCGAUGGGCUACUUCUGUUAAUGAGAAAAAAGGACAAAUCAUCUCGGAAGAUGAAUCACGAUCUACUGUCCAUUGCUAUACAUUCGAUGUGAAGGAACCUGAAUCGAUUCCCCCAGUUAAGGAGCUUCGAAAGUUGAUGAGAAUCCAAGCUCUUAGAUGCAAUGUUAUCUAUUGUCAAAAUGGCACCAUAUUGAAUGUUAUUCCUGUUUUGGCAUCUCGAGCUCAAGCUUUAAGGUACCUAUAUAUUCGUUGGGGCAUGGAGUUAUCAGGCAUUGUCGUGUUUGCCGGAGAAUGUGGAGACACGGAUUAUGAAGGCUUGCUUAGAGGUGUCCAUAAAACGGUCAUAUUGAAGGGAAUUGGCAACACUGCUCUCAAGCUUCACUCCAACAGAACGUACCCUCUAGAUCAUGUCCUGCCAUUUGACAGUCCCAACAUCCAUCAUGCUGAAGGAUGCAGCAAUGAGGAAAUACGGUCAUCACUUCGAAAACUUCAGGUUAGCAAGGAAUAGUAGUUCUGGUUUGACGUGUCAUAAAUAGUACGUCCGGUCUCUCUGAUAUCUAAGGUAUGGAUCCUUCUGUCCAUAAAAACCACACUUGAAUAUUGAUACAUAGCCUAUAUACUUCACUUCCUCGUCUUCCUUACUAUACCAAAGAAAAUCAAUUCCAUUUUUAUUUCAAGGUUCAAAUAUUGACUCAUAUAUUUAUUAUCUAAAUCUACCUGCUUUAAUGGAUUGAGUA